GGUGGAAGGACAGAAUAAGCCAGAGUCUAAAUGCUUAUGCUGAUGUUUUUGCCCAGCAUGAUCUGGAUUUUGCGCAUGCAUCUAAAGUGAAACAUCACAUAAAUCUAAAAGAUGAAACACCAUUCAAACAAAAGUCCAGACCUAUUCACCCAAAGGAUUAUGAAGCUGUGAAGAAGCAUGUGCAAACACUCCUUGAUGCAGGAGUGAUUCGUGAAUCAGAGUCUCCUUACUCUUCACCAAUUGUGGUGGUUCGUAAGAAAAACGGAGAGGUCCGACUAUGCAUUGACUAUCGUAAGCUGAAUGCGCUGACUAUCCGAGAUGCAUACGCACUUCCCAAUCUUGAAGAGGCUUUCUCAGCCCUCGCCGGAUCCAAAUGGUUUUCGGUAAUGGACCUUAAAUCUGGCUACUACUAGAUUGAGAUGGAGGAGCGUGAUAAAUCUAAGACCGCUUUUGUGUGUCCACUGGGGUUUUAUGAGUUUAAUCGUAUGCCCCAAGGCAUCACCAAUGCUCCGAGUACUUUCCAACGCUUAAUGGAAAAGUGUAUGGGAAUCUUAAACCUGAAGGAAGUACUUGUGUUCUUAGAUGAUAUUAUUGUGUUCUCAAGCACAUUAGAAGAACAUGAGACUAGACCUUCACAUGUCCUCCAACAACUCAGAGAAAAUGGGUUGAAACUCUCUCCAUCAAAAUGUCACUUCUUCCAAAGUUCAGUGCGCUAUUUAAGCCACAUUGUUUCAAGCAAAGGGGUAGAGACCAAUCCAGAGAAGAUCAGUGCCCUCCGCACCUGGCCUAGACCUCAAAACCUCAGCGACCUUAAGUCAUUCUUUGGUUUCGCAGGGUACUACAGAAUGUUCAUAAAGGACUAUUCAAAAAUAGUCAAACCCUUGAACGACCUUACUGGAGGUUACCCACCCUACAGAAACGGGGAGAGGACUUGCUCCAGAAGUGGUCAAGUGAGCCUGCGUCUGGCCACCUAUGUGAGUCCGGAUCAAGAGGCCAGACACAGCGGCAGAAGCAGCCUCACGUGGCACCGGGGCAUCAGUCAGUUCUGCGCGCGCCACUUGGGUCUAUCUGCAUUUAUCCGAAUGGUCGUGCUGAGUAGUACCACAGGGUCUUGGUAUCGGUUCACUAGCGCAACCAGGGAUAUGGUGACAGAUGAAGCUGACAACAACCUUCCUUCUAUCACCUUGGUAGAAUCCCUUGCUCUUCAUGCAGAAGCAGUGCCAGACAUCUACGGAGAUGAGGAGGCUGCAGGUUGUUUCACCAUACCUACCUACGACGAGGAAGAACUCCAGCAUCAUUAUACAAAGUAUGCUGUCGCCAUACCCACAAAAGAUCAGAAAGCAACAACAGUCGCAAAGUGCUUCUGGGAGCAGUACUUGGUGCAUUAUGGGUUUCCGGAGCGUCUGCUCAGUGAUCAGUGCAGGGACUUCGAGUCGCAACUAAUCAAAGAGCUCUGCACUCUAGCUGGUAUCACCAAAGUGCGCACAAGUCCCUAUCACCCUAGGGGAAACCCUGUGGAACGGUUUAACCGAAUCCUCCUUGGUAUGUUGGGAACCUUAAAAGAGAAAGAGAAAAGUCACUGGCGUGAUUAUGUUAAGCCCCUCACACAUGCCUAUAAUUGCACCAAGAACGAUGUUACCGGUUUCACUCCGUAUGAGCUGAUGUUUGGACGCCAACCAAGGCUACCAGUGGACAUUGUGUUUUCUCUACCUGUUAAAAAUGGUGGUCCUAAAUCUCAGUCCCAGUAUGUGAGAAACUUGAAAGCACGUAUUCAAGAAAGCUAUGAGAUCGCCACAAGGAACUCGCAGAAGGUUGCUGAGCGGAACAAACUUCGCUAUGACAAAGCAGUAAGAGAAUCAACACUUGAGGAAGGUGACCGAGUGCUAGAAGAAACUGAACAAGUCAUACCAAAAGCCCACAAGCCAAGAACCAGGAGUAGUCAACCCCAGGUUCUGGAUGAACAUUCGGAGUCUGAGGACCACUCAUGUUACUGUCCUGCUCAGUGGUCUUCCAUUCCCAAGGAAAGCUUUACUCAAGUAUUUGACAUUCCAAGGACACCGCAAGCAACUGCUACUUCAGAAAACAAUUGUGAGCGUUUACCAGCCAUGCCAACGACCUCCUUGACCUCUCAGCCUCAGGAUGAGCUUUGCAUGAGUGGUUGUCCUGAGUUACCUGCAGAUUCUGUUGGAGCAUCUCCUGAGAUGGUUGAUGGAGAGAUAUCAGAUAUCAUGGUUGAGUACUUCCCAACAAAUUUACCGGAUGUGACAAAUGAAAUUCCAGCUGAUGCUGAGGACAAUGAUGAGGAAGAUGAUGCAUUAAACCUCAAGGAUCCUAAAGACGGUGAUGCUGUUGAGGCCCAGCCGAAUGCCAAGUUGGAAAAUGCACCAACCUCUGAGACAGUUGAUGAGGAAGAGGAUAGAAAUGUGACCAGUGGAGAAACAAAUAACUACACGAAAAUCUGA